UCCCUCUCACACAUUGCACACGCACACACACACACACACAUACAUGCACACACACACGCUUACAAUAUAAACUUAGCAUACAUGCACAUUCUUAUACUUAGCAUACAUGCCUUCUAACACUAACAAUAAACUUGUUUGAAACACCACAGCAUUGUUCGAACUAGUCACAGCCCAACAACAAUACAGUCCACAUUCUGACGUUAAAAUCCACAGCACAAGAACAAGAAUAAGAACAAAGAUAACAACAGCAAUUAUAACAACAACGACACUUCGUGAAAGGUGAGAGAAAAAGAGAGGGAGAGAGAAGAAGAAGAAGAAGAAGAAGAAGAAGAAGAAGAAGAAGAAGAAGAAGAAGAAGAAGAAGAAGAAGAAGAAGAAGAAGAAGAAGAAGAAGAAGAAGAGGACAAUUAGAAACCAGAAAAAAUGUUUUUCAGACUUCAUCGAUACAAAAAAGUGACUUUAAUUGGAUUAACCGCUUGUGUAUUGGCCACACUUUACAUUACGAGGGAGAAAACCUUUAAGAAUUUUACAGAUCCGCAUUCAUGGCGUCUUGGCUUCGACCUUCCAGGAAUACUGACAGAAAAAUUUGCGAACACCAAAAGACCUUCAGAAGAGACGAAAUCUUCGAUCGUUGUGUCAGUUGAAUCGACUCCGGCUCCUAUCGAUAUAAAAGAGAACGUUCAGAGUCUGUGCUCAAAAGAUUUCUCCCGUUACAAUGGCUACAGAAACAAUACUUAUUUGCAAUCGUCUAUCAUCAUAUCGAAGUACAAAUUUGUCACGUGUGUCCUCCCUAAAACCGGUUGUUCGUUUUUAAAGCGUUUCUUGUAUUUCAUUGGCAGUAAUAAAUCUAUUUCCAGCCCCUUUAUUUAUUCGUUAUAUGAUGCCCACGUGCUUCCAUUGAACACUACCAACAAGUUAACGGCAAAACAACUGGAAGAAGUUCAAAGAGAAUAUAAAUUCGCUUUAUUUGUCCGCGAUCCUUACAAGCGUUUAUUCUCUGGUUACGUCGAUAAGAUUUUCUCGCGUUACGACUAUUGGGAUUUUUUGUCUAAGCGUAUAAUUAACAAAGUUAGACCUUCAGCUCCAGACAAAUCAAAGAAAUGUGGCACUGACACUAGAUUUACUGACGUUGUACGUUUUCUUGUGUCUGAAAUAUCUGAAGGUAAAUCCGUAGAUAGUCAUUUUAUGCCGAUACACUUCUUGAGUAAUCCGUGUUCAGCGAAAUAUGAUUUCAUUGGAAAGCUUGAAAAUUUCAAAACAGACGCAGCAACUUUGUUCAGUGAGCUUCAUGUAAAAUACCAAUCUACCUUGGAUGAGAUAGAAACUGGAAGUAUCAAAGAUGAACUCAAGGACGUUGCCGAUAUAGUAUUUAGCGUUAAAAAUAAUAAACGUUUUAACGAAAACCCAUGCUUCGAUAUACAUAACAUCACGCGGCGUUUGUGGCGCAAACUUCAAAUCAAAGGACUUAUCAGUUACAAAUUUAAUUUGACAAUAACAAAAAAAGAAUUAUUGUCCCUUAACAAAACUCAGUUUCUUUCAAUUUUAACGAAAUACAACAAGAAAUCUUCUAGUGAACCAGAUUGUCAUAAAGCACGGAAAUUUUCAUAUUUGGAAGCGUAUUAUUCAGUACCGCAGAAAGACUUGGAAGAUCUCGCAAAACUAUUCAGCACUGAAUGUGAAUUAUGGGAUUAUCCGUUCAAACCGGACAUCAUAUUUGAUUCCGAUAAACGCAUCUCAACAGGCCCCAUUACGUAUUUUAACUUUGACGAUGUCUAAAUGAAUACGUGAAUAUGCAUACAUGUAUACAUACGUGUAUCUCCAUUUUUUAACCUAUCCUCACAAACCUACAAACUAAUUAUAUAUGUACACGCACACACAUGCAGAUACACACACGUACACACAUAAGCGUUCACGCGCAUAGACAUACACACAUACACACACCUCCACUCACUAAACUAUCUGAAAGAACACUUUUAAAAUAUCAAAAAUAAUACAAUGUCGCCAUGACAGAACACCACCAGUGGACUCUGCACGUAUACUUUAACACAUUUUAAAAGAAAUUAAGUUCCUUUUAUCAAUUUAAAUACAUAAUCGAUUAAUUUCAGUAACUUAUUAAAGGCAAUUACUCAUUCAUGCAUUUAUAAAUAAUUCAUAUUGAACAAAUUCCAAAACUGAAAUAAAUGAUCGCUUUUAUUUUCUAUAUGAAAACAAGUUGUAUCCAGAAAACAUGAGCUGGUCAAAUUACGUGAAAAAAAUUCCGGAUCUGUUUUAUUAGGUGUUGACUGUCCAAUCUAAUAAGUGAUUCAUAUGAAAGAAACCUGAAAAUACGAAAAUGUUGGGGUAUUCCAAGACAGAACACAGCAACUGACUCUUAUCUUCUAAAUCGAACAUUCUAAAAGAUUUACAUUUAAGGUUCUUAGAAUAAAUACAAAAAUAUACAUGCAUCCACACACCCUCCCCACACACAUAUAGACGCUCACAUGAUCGCAUAAGUGCAUAUGGCACACACACACACAUACGUAAUCGUAUGAUAAUUCUGCUUGUCAUUGCGUUACUUAGACCGUCGGUAACGCUUUCACGUGAUUGGAGAAAAAAGAGGGAAAAAGAAAAUU